AUGCUUGUCCCUCCAGCCAGUUUUGGGAUUGCCGAAGAAGGUAUAUAUCGAUGUUCGAAAGUCGAGACUUUAAAUUUAUCAUUCCUGGAGACACUGAAUUUGAAGACUGUGCUAUUCAUAGGAGGCCAAGAACCCUCCAAAUUCUUCAAAGAGUUCUUUAGUACAAUGUCAAUUGAGUGGAAUCUGAUACGAGUUGCGGAUUUUUCAUCCCUGGGUGAGCUAGUUACCAGUAGUGUCAGUAAGACCAGUCCCAGAGAGGGUGUUGAUGGCAACAGUUGCACCGACUAUAACAACUCUGAUGGGGACUCGAGUUUUGGUGCGACCUACCACUUAACCGAUGGCGACGAAUUAAUGCUAAUAAAGAGCAGUUGCUUGAAGAAAACCCUUAAAUUAUUACUGAACACCGAAAAAUACAACAUCCUGCUUGUGGAUAGAACCUCAAUCAUCGUUGGAAUUUUAAGGAAAAUCCAGAAAUGGAGCAUAUCAUCUGUGAUUAAUGAGUACAGGCUAUUUGCAGGGAAAAAUAGGAACUACUACGCAGAAACGUUCUUAGAAGUGAUUGAUUUGAUCAUUGAGCAAGAGAAGGAUGAUAAGUUUCUAAUGCAAGGUAUGGAAGAGUUGAAUAUGGGGCCGGAUCCGCUCCUUCUUUCAGCGGAGAUGCACAGAAGAGCCUCUAGCACAGUAGUAGUAAAUGAAGAAGAUCUGAGCCGAUCACCACCAGUACCGCAAAGACUUAUUAAGAUGAUAGAUGAAGCAGAGAGUCACAGCAAAGUUGAGCAUGAGACGUUCGAAUCCCCAAAAAUAAGCAAAUCCUCGUCUACUUUAGGAAUCUUUGGUAACAGAUACAGAUUAGCGUUUAAUAAAAGCGCAAGCGGUGACUACAAAUAUUACAAGAGUCAUAGUGGGAACACAGCAGAAGACACAUUGACCAUCAAGAUACCCAGAGAAUCUCUGCUGCCUCAUUGGUGGAAGUUCCAGAGAGACUUGUGGGAGAAGGAAAACGCACCUCCGGAACACAAUUUUUACAAAGAAGAUAUAUUCACCUAA